CUCCUCUCCGUAUUCUCGGGUUUGGGGUUUGACGCUUAGGGUCGAGGGUUUCAUGAAAUGCGCUCAAGAAGGGGCUCCCGACGCCCGACCGGCCAGGCCAUCAGCGGCCCCUCCCUCCUCACAGAUCAUGGCGAAGCGCAAGAAGGGCUUGGCGGCGUCAUCGUUAGCCGCCACCCAGCAGCCUCGCCUCUUCGGCUUACCCGAUGAGGUUGAGAGGGACAGCAUCCUGACGCUUCUCGGUCCCGAUCUGGCCAUCAGCCUCGGCCGCCUCCGCCGCACGUGCAGUCACGGCAGAAAGCACGUCGAUGCGGACCUCCUCGAAUUGCAGAUAGACAACCACCUCGCCGACAAAGGCAUCCAGCACCUCAUUGCCUACGACAUCGGCAAUGCCGGUUUGGAGUUGCGGCUUCUGUACAUCAUUCCGCAGGGGGGCGACUGGGCGGGGUGGGCAGCGCCCCUCAUCUGCAUAGCCAAGCAUCGGGGGCGGGAAGUGCGGGACCUGCCGAUAAGGCUCAGUCGCCGCGAUGUGUCGGGUGUGGGCAGCCGCGCCCUGUUCGACGAGCGGUGCGAGGCGCUGCGGCAGCUCUCGCUCAUCUGCCGGCACCUCAACCGCCGUGGCGAGGGCGACAUGACGGUGAAACGCGCCUACGGCAACGAGCACGUGGGCCGCGACAAGGUGACUAUCCACACGGAGGAGUCCAUGGAGGAGGGCAAUCCCUUCCGAGCUGCAUUCGACGCGAGCGACCCCGUGUGCGAGAUUACACGAGGGCUACAUGAGUAUGCAGGUGAGGGAAGGAGGCAAGAAGGGGCAGUGGACAGGUGGGUGGAUGGAUGGAUGGAUGGCUUGGUAGGUUGGAGUUUGCAUGCACGUUGCGAGUGCUACGCUUCGCUUCGGACGUUGGCGGUGCAAAAGUAGAGGGGAGGGGGACACACACACACACACACACACACAAAAGCAGCCGGCAAACCAUGUAUCUGUGGUGCUGUUUGAGCCAUCAGGCUGUGUUUUGGUGGUGGGCGGACGGCCAAGGUGGCGGAGGCGUUUGCAUCCGCCGACUCACCCACUGAAGCGGCGCGAUACGAUCGCAUGGUCAGUCAACCACACAGUCGCGCCUCUGCAUCUCUCUCUCUCUCUCUCUCUGCCCCUUUCGUUGUGUUCAGCGGGCUCUCGCCACCCAGCAGCCGCUGGUGUGGAACCGCCACAGCGUCGGUACGAGCCGCAAGGCUGACCCCUUUGAGCGCAUCAUCGUACUGCACGGCGACCAGGCGGGCCAUACCUUCGAGGCACACAUUCUUUUCUCCACCACGCCCAGCACUGCACAGGCCGCUCUCUACACGACGGAGCGUCCAGUGGCGGGCAAGAAGGGGGCAGCGAGGUUCCCGCAGACGGUGCAAGUGGCGCUGCUCGUCAUGGGGGCCGAUGCAGAAGUGGUGUUUGGCGAUCAGCUGGCGGUAGAUGUGGACUGACACACAAACACACGCACACACAUCCAUCGCCCGUGUGCGGUGAUGCUCCCUUUGUCUGGCCACGCCAGCACAUGGCAGCAGUGAGGGGAGGUGGACGGUUGUAGCGAAAGUAGAGCCACGGCUGAAUGGACAGUUGCCUGCCUGGUUGACGUAUUCUAUAAUGUGGUGUGUACGGGUCCAUUUGCUUAUGUGCCACGUCAGGCCAACCAAACAUGCCAAACUGUCAGACGACGCCACACACUCGCCACACACACAUAACUGAGGCGCCCCUCCC